CCCUACGACCCCAACCGACCCAACCAGCCCUACGACCCCAGCCGACCCAACCAGCCCUACCACGGAUCGCCUUACUCCAGCAACCCCUCCGACCCGAACUACAGAGCACCCCAGUACUCCAGUAACCCGGCUGACCCCAACUACCGCCCAUACUCCAGCAACCCCUCUGACCCCAACUACCGCGACCCCAACUACAGGUCCGGAUACGACAGCACCUACAACGACCCCUACAACACCCACGGAGGCUCCCAGUACGGAGCCGGUGGCACCUACGGCGGCAACAACCCGCUCUACAGGAGCUCCCCUGGGAGCCGCAUCCGCGUCAUCAAGUCCUACACCUUCCCCGAGGAGGCCGCACAGCGCACCAGCGCCAUGCUCAGCAACAUCGUCCUCGACAGCAACGACGGAUGGUGA